AGUUGUGUGAUGAUUCUGAGAAGUUAAUUUCGAUCUGGAAUAUUCUCGACAACGCCUUCCUGUGCCGAUUGUUUUGUGGUUUUUUUUUCUCUGUAGCUUGGUCCCUUUGUUCAGGCAAUAUUUGCCUAGAUGAGCCAUAAAUUCAGCUUUAAUACCUCGGCUUGGUAAGCCAAACUGUGAAAGCGACCUUUUUAAUUGGGUGACUGCAAAUUUUUUGAGAUCAGCCGGGUUCAUUUUGUAGGUUUGACCAUUUCUGACCUUGAAGUACUUCUACUUUAUUUGACAGUCUAGUCCAGAAUGCCCCUUUCAGAACGAACCUAGAUUAUAUUACAUAGGCGUACCAUAGUCAUCGUGCUGUAUAAUAAUAUUUUACCGAAUAUAUCGAAGGCAUUGAAAUGGGUUCACAGCUAACAAUUCUAGGAAUACUAUUUAAUCCAAAACUUCUAAAGCACGACAACCUUGGUAACGUUAACUUUAGAAAUUUAAUGAACAUAAACACUUCUGCCUGGUAUAACACCGCUACUAACGAAAUAUUCCUAAUGUCUCAUAUUCCAACAAAUACACUUGAACAGCUGACUUUCCUUAUCUCCCCUUACCACAACAAUAAUGGACAAAUUAUUUAUGAAAAUAUAGAGGGCAGAUUUUAUCUACACAAUAAUAAUGUUUUAAAAACCCAAACAAAGAGUAUUAUAAAAGACUAUUGCAUAGUCUUUCUUUAACACGAACAUGCAACUUGUACUUUCCAGAAAUAACGUAUGCCAUUUUACAUUCAAUACGUAACCUAAUAUACUUGUCGCGGAUCGAAUAUUGUUAUCGAUAGGCUAGUUAGUAUUUUUGAGAAGUCCGAAUGUGGAAGGAUUUGUAUAAGCCCAUAUGUGUCUGUGCACAUUGAUUUUCGCCAUUGUAAAUUGCCGGGAAAAUUUAGCUUUUCAUUGUCGUGUAAGAGUUGGAGGACACACUGCGGUGAGCUAAUAAGUUAAGUUAGUUGCAAUUGUGAAUCAUUGAAUUCUUCCAGAAUAAAACGUGUUCUACUACCACGGAUUAGUCUGCCCUUUCUUUCGGGAACCAAUGCGUGGGGUAGCCGUUUAAGGCAACUCCAUGUGACGCACGACGACAACCUUUUAUUCGCAGUCCUAGGCCGACUGCAGGGGCAACUCGCGCUGGAAUGACGGUUUAGACGGCCAGCUAGAGAGUUGCCGGAGCUGGAGUGACGGUUUAGACGGCCAGCCAGGAUUUGUGUGAGCGCAGCCAGCGCUACGUACCGGCAGAGGAGUUGCAGCCAGCGACAGUGGCGUCGCAGUCAGCGACAUAGAGGGACGCAGCCAGCGUCGAACGCCGGUACGAACGAGUCGCAGCCAGCGACAAGGAGACGCAAGAAGCGUCAUUUGUGGAGACCGCAGCCAGCGGCACGAGGCGUCAGAGACGCCAUUUUGGACGCGCAGAGGCGCCGCCAUUUUGGAGCUGGGGAAGAUGCAGCAUUCCCCCAGGAGGAGUGCCCGGCUGAACGGAGGGGAAGCCACCCCUAUAACAACAGUGAGUCAGCAGCCAGCCAGUAGUAGAGCAGGAACUCGGACGCGGGUGAACAUCACGGCUGCGUCGAUUCCUUGCCCGGCCACUAUGGUGACUACAGUAGCUUCCCAACCUAAAAGUACUGCUGUCACAGCUGCGAGUUCAGUACCGGAGGUGAACCAGCCCCUCGUGUUGGAACUCAUGGGAAAGGAUCGCAGCGUUGGAGAGGGAGCUGGAGAAGGCUAGAUCCCUGGAAAGUGUGAGCACCGCCAAUUGCGGUGCCCAAGCGCAGUUGGCGCCAACAGUGGAGCGUCGGGGCGGCCGCCAUUUUGGAGCGGCCAGCCAAUACCCACAUCUAACGGAGAGACCUUACAUAACGGGGUCGGGUCGGUGCCAUACAACGGUGACGGUGCGAGCGGUGCGGCCUGCACGCUGCCGCCAUCUUCGAGUGGACCGCCAUUGCUAACGACUACCAACUAUUUUGUGGAGCCACUGUGUGCAACAGGCACUGCGCAGCCAGUGCAUGGACUCGUGCUACCGGGCGUGAGCAUCCACAAUGCGGCAACAGCAUCGCCACUUGUCGGAUCCUACGCCGCGACGACGCCGAGUGGAAUCCGGGGAGCAUAUGGGCCAAGGAAGCUUCCGGACUUGCCUAUAUUUGGAGGGCAGCCCGAGGAGUGGCCGAUCUUCAGCUGUGCGUUCGUUGUUGAAGGCGCUGAAGGACGAAGCGCGCGAGGCAGUGAAGGCGCUAUUGAUUCACCCAGGGAAUGUCAGCGCCGUGAUGGAGCAGCUGCGCUUUAGGUUCGGCCGACCGGAGCAGCUUAUACGCAGCCAGCUCAACAACGUGCGAGAGGUGCAGCCAAUUUCGGAGCACAAUUUGGCGAAGAUCAUUCCCUUCGCAACCCGAAUGAGUAACCUCGCGGCCUUCUUGCAGUCAGGGAAGGCAGAGCAACACCUGGGGAACCCAACCCUCAUGGAGGAGCUUGUGGCCAAGCUGCCAACGAGCAAGCGAGUGGACUAGGCCAGGCAUGCUGCAACGAUUGCGCCCUUUCCCACUGUAGUCCACUUCAGCGCGUGGUUACAGGAGUACGCGAACGUGGUGUGCACGGUUUUGGACGUCGAGGGAAAGGAGCCGAGGCGUCGACUUCUACAUGCAAGCGUCGACCAUAAUGAAUGCGAUCAACAGGAUGAUCGGCAUGGAGGUUGUCCCAUCUGUGGAGGACAGCAUGGAAUAUUGAAGUGCAGAAAAUUUAUUGGAGCUUCGCCACAGGAAAGGUGGCGCAAUGUGAAGAGGCAUCGGCUCUGCUUCAAUUGCCUGCGAAGCGGGCACACGGCUAGAUCCUGCUAUACGCAAGGUGAGUGCCAGAUUAAUGGAUGCCGAAGCGAGCAUCACCGUCUGCUACAUGGUGCGGACGAGGAGCGAAGGCCGCUGCAGCGAGGUGGCUUCAGACGCCACGAAGGGAACCAGCAGCCAGCAGUUUCCAGACGCAGCCCGGCCAGGAGGCCUUCGCUACGAGAUGGUCACAGGGACCAGGAGAGGAACCGGCAGCCAGCCGUUCCCAGCAACAGCCUGGAGAGAGGAGCUCCGCGUGAAGCGGGAGCGCCCAUGCAGAGGAAUUUGAGCUGCGUUGACGCCGAAGGAGGCCAUCUACUGUUCCGUAUACUGCCGGUUACGCUGUACGGAGCGGGGCGAAAGGUGGAUACGUAUGCGCUCCUAGAUGAGGGAUCCUCCGUCACGAUGAUCGAUGACGAACUACGAAGGGAUCUUGGAGUGCAAGGAGAGCGUCGGCAGCUAAAUAUCCAAUGGUUUGGAGGUAAGUCAACCAGAGAGCCUACCAACGUGGUGAGUCUGAAGAUAAGUGGAGUUGGAAAGCCCACUCGCCAUGUAUUGAGAAACGUUUAUGCCGUUUCGAGUUUGAGUUUGCCGAUGCAGACAUUGAGCCGACGAGAUGACCAGGGCGUGCACAGGGAUGCGCGUCUGCCGAUGAAGCCUUACAGCAACGUGGUGCCGAAGCUGCUCAUCGGCCUGGAUCACGGACAUCUGGGGUUGCCACUUAGGACGAGGCGGUUCGCUCGAGAGGGACCGUAUGCGGCCGCAACCGAGCUGGGCUGGGUUGUGUUUGGGCCUGUAAGUGGGCAACCGACCACGCCGUCACCGAGGUCCUGCCUACUUGCCGUGUCAGUGGAUGACGCGAUGGAGAAGAUGGUGGAGGACUAUUUCGACAUGGAGAACUUUGGAGUGAAGACCGCGCCGCCGGUCGCAGCCAGCGACGAUGUUCGGGCCCAAAGGAUACUCGAAGACACCACGGUGAAAGUGGGGCGUCGCUACCAGACGGGAUUACUCUGGAAGGACGACCACGUUGUGCUGCCACCGAGCUAUGAGAUGGCGUACAGGAGGCUGGUCAACGUCGAGAAGAAGAUGAAGCGCAACAAGCCGUUGGCGCAGGAAUACGAUCGGAUUAUAAAGGAUUACGUGUCUAAAGGAUACGCGAGGAGGCUGCAGCCGGAGGAGGUCGCGGUAAGGAGCGAUCGCCUAUGGUAUUUGCCACAUUUUGGUGUCGAAAACCCAAACAAGCCCGGCAAGGUACGGCUUGUGUUUGAUGCUGCAGCCAAAGUUGGAGGAACCUCGCUAAACUCGGAGCUGGACAAACGGCCUCAGCACUAUAAGCCUUUGCCAGCUGUGCUCUUUCAUUUCAGAGAGGGAGCCGUCGGAGUCUGCGGUGUCAUUAAGGAGAUGUUCCACCAUUGCUGAUCCGACCCGAGGAUAGAUGUUCCCAACGAUUCCUCUGGAGAGAUGGCGACGACGAGAGAGAUCCGGAUGUCUAUGAG